AAAUGUUUGAUUUUUGAAGGGGAUUUUGGUAAGCGUAAUAGAACAUCAUUCGUGUCAUGUAUUUUUGGCACAAUGGACUAGAUCUUAUAUGUUUGAAUAAUCAUGACAUUUACUUUAGGAAAACAUCUACUACUUGCAGCAUGUUAGAUUGACUGCAUGGAGUUAUGCGGGAAAACUCUUCAUUGAACUCUUCUAUCAAAUUGACGUUUUGGACUGAGAUCAAUAUAACUCUUGUCAAAAGGCAUGCCUAGGUGCUAUAGGCGACGGGAGAAAUGGUUCAGGAAAAACAUUGAAAAAAGUACUAGAUUUUUUUGAAAAAUACAAAAAAUGUUAAUCGGGCUGCUCGCUUAACCUGUUAUUUUUUUCCCGCCUGAAAUUUAAACGGACCUGAUUUUAAAGGUAAAAGCCUGCUCGUUUAAGCGGGGAAACAGGCUGGCCCAACGGGUUUAGCCCAUAUUGACGGCCCUAGUUUUGGCUCUUUUUAGAUGCUGAGAAGGCAAGGUGCUAAGGCAUGUGCCUUGCUCUGAGGCUGCUUUCUGUUUCGUUUAUAUAUAUUAGAUGAGAGGAACUGUCCCCUAGUGUCAGCCAAAAAUACACUAAAUUAUCUGACUUAGCCCAAUAAAAGAUAUUAGGUUUUGCAUAGAAGACAGAAGACCACUGCUUGACCUGCACAACAACAGAAGUUGAAAUGCCAGAGGGGCGCUAUUUGACCACCCUGUUGCUUCUCUUCACCACCUUUUUUGGUUGAAUUUUUGGCAUUCCACAAGUAGUUUUAGUUUAGGAACUUAUUAUUAUACUUUAUCGAGGAUUUGUGUCUAAUUAUCAUUGUGAAGUACUUUGUUUAUUUUGCACAAUAGAUAUAUAUUCAAUUGUUUUCUAAUGCCUUUGUUUACUGAAUCAUACAUUUUUUGGUGCCUUUUGCAUUUGACUGAUUUUUAUGCAUUUUAGGUUUCAUGAAUCAGCCUAUAUCUUCUAUGCCUGCAAUCUAUGUCCUCGUUAAUUUAUUAUGUUUUCUUAUAGGAUUUCUACCUUGUGUACAUUCUCACUGAAAUGGCUGGAAGUACAUCAAUGGUGUUCACUCGUACAUGUGAUUCAACUCGUCUUCUUGCUUUGAUUCUUAGUAAUCUUGGUCUAAAAGCCAUCCCAAUUAAUGGUCAUAUGACCCAGUCAAAAAGGCUUGGAGCCUUGAAUUUAUUCAAGUCUGGGGCUCGCAAUAUUCUCAUUUGUACUGAUGUAGCUAGUAGAGGAUUGGAUAUUCCAAUAGUAGAUGUUGUGAUUAACUAUGACAUCCCCACAAACUCCAAAACUAAACCUAAAUUGCUGGAUUCCUUAUCUUGUGCUCUAAGGACUGCUCGUGCAGGGCGUUCUGGGGUUGCAAUUUCCCUUGUGAACCAAUAUGAGCUGGAGUGGUACAUUCAAAUAGAGAAACUUAUAGCAAGAAGCUACCAGAAUAUCCUGCACAAGAAGAGGAAGUUCUACUUUUGGAAGGUUAGCGAGGCCAAACGAUUAUCAGUAAUGAAAAUGAAGGAGGAAGCCAUGGGGAAGAAGAAACGGAGAGGUGAAUCAGAUUAUGGCGAAGAAGAUAUUGACAAAUACUUAGGUCUCAAGGAUAAGAAAUCAUCCAAAAAGUUUAGAAGAUGAGACCUUACCACUGCAGUUUCGUUUUCAAGUAAACAUCAUAUAUGUAUAUGGCAAUUUUGGUAUUUUAUUUAACAUUACUUAGUCUAUUGAUGCUUUGGAGUUCCUGAUGGAAGCUCUGGCUUUUGUCUUCAUUAUUGCAUAUUUAUAGAAUUAUGGUUGAUGGGACUUCGUAAUAUGGCUGAAGAGAAGCCUUGAAAAAUUAAUUACCUUGUACAACAUGAACCUUGUAUAUUUUGCUAAUUUUGCAUCUAAGGCUAUGAUUGCAAUCA